AUGAUCGAAAGUGUGUCAAAAAGAGCAUUCAGAGGUUCCAGUGGUACUUAUAAUGUUCAUGCCUUAGAGCUGGCUGCAGCAAGAGAAAGAAAGCUCAAAGGGCUCAGUGUGACUGUGAGAUUUCUGGAUGAUGCUGAAUAUGUCUUUCACGUUGACAAUAGAGUGAAGGGCUCUGUCCUUUUAGAACUGGUCUAUCAACAUUUGGAGUUGGUGGAGAAGGAUUAUUUUGGGUUGCAAUACUCUGAAGAUUCAUGUAUUUUGGGGAAUGGGAGUUCAUGGAUGCGGUGGUUGGAUCCGUCCAAAUCAAUCAAGAAACAACUUGGAAACUGCCAAAAUCAACUAUAUUUUAGAGUAAAAUUUUAUGUGUCCGAUCCGAGUAAACUCCAAGAAGAGUACACCAGAUAUCAGUUUUAUCUCCAGUUGAGAAGAGAUAUUUUAGAGGGAAGAAUUCAAUUAGCACCUAGCACUGCCAUACUUUUAGCUAGUUAUACAGUACAAUCUGAAUUAGGAGACUUUCAACCCGAGGAACAUGGACCAAACUAUUUAUCAAAUCUACAAUUGGUCCCUAAUCAGACUGAGGAAAUCGAAAAGAAGAUAUCCGAGUUACACAAAUUGCACACCGGCCAGCUGCCGGCCGACGCCGAAUUCAAUUUUCUCGACCACGCCAAACGAAUCGACAUGUACGGGGUGGAGCUGCACAAGGCGAAAGACAACGCCCACAAGGAGAUACAGCUGGGCGUGACGCAUUUGGGACUAGUCGUCUUCCAGAACGGUGUCAGGAUCAACUUGUUCUCGUGGUCGAAGAUCAUGAAGAUAUCCUUCAAGAGGAAGCGGUUUUUUAUACAGCUGAGAAGGGAACCGUCAGAAAAUUACGAUACUUUGUUGGGCUUCAACAUGGAAACCUACAGAUCAUCGAAAACUCUGUGGAAAUCUUGUGUAGAACACCACACGUUUUUCCGGCUCCAUUCGCCCCGAGUGAGAAGGAAAUUCCCGCUGUCUUUGGGCUCGAAGUUUGCCUAUUAUGGUCGCACCGAAUACCAGACGGUGUCGGAGGUGCGACAAAGAGGGAUACUGGAGAGGAAAUUCGUUCGGUCGCCGAGCAAACAGCUGGUGAAGCACACGAUUUGUCCGCCUCCUUCGUUGGAGGACAAAGGGAAAAUCGGGAUCGCCCCAGCGAGACCUCCGGGGCCUUACGCGCACAAAAUCACCUCGCUCGAUACCAAAGAGCCCAAAAAAGCAUGGACGGAAGACAGCGUGGACAGAAGGAUAUCAGAUGACGACGGCGGCUUCCUGGAGAAGACCCUCGAGGGUCCGUUCUCGCCCGGCCUGGCGGCGCGCGUCAUCAGCUACGCGGACGAGGAUCCGCCCUCCCCCACCUCUAACGGUCUCUACUACACGCCCCCCUACAGCGUCAGCCAAUCGCCGACUUCGCAGCUGGCCGACGACGUUUCGGUCACCAUCGUCCUCCAUCCGGACGAAGAGGGAAAAUAUGGAUUCAAUGUGAAAGGUGGAAAUGACCCGAACGUGCCGAUACUGGUGUCGAGAGUGGCUCCGAACACGCCGGCGGACAAAUGCGUACCGAGAUUAUGUGAAGGCGAUCAAUUAAUGCAAAUCAACGGGCACGACGUUUCGCACGCCCUUCAUCAGGAGGUGGUCAAUUUGAUUCAGGAUGCCAGAGGGAUCAGUUCAGGUAAACUGGUCCUGGUGACCAAACCGGCGGCCUCUUAUCGCCUUUCGGCGGAAUUCGAGGAGCCGCCUUACCAGUACGUGCCCGCGGGCGGUCAGGAUCCGCCCUCUCCCGGCGACGCGCUGAAGCAGAGCAUGCUUCUUCUAGCUGACGGGCUGGCCAGCGGUGCACUGAUUGCGCGCUACGAGACGCUUUACAGGAAACAUCCGGAGUUGACGUGCGACGAGUCUUGCAAGCCGCACAACAUCAACAAGAACAGAUACAGGGACAUAUUGCCAUACGACUGUUCGAGAGUCGUACUCAAAAACGCCCCUAACGGCGACUACAUCAACGCCAACUUCGUGACGAUGUCUAUCCCCACCACCGACACCUCCAACGUGUACAUAGCCACCCAGGGGCCUUUGCCCUCCACCGCCGAAGACUUCUGGCAGAUGAUUCUUGAAGAAGAGUGCGAUCUAAUUGUCAUGUUGACGACGAUAGUGGAAAGGGGGAGGGCCAAGUGUCACAAAUAUUGGCCUGAAGUGGGGGAAGCGAUGUCUUUCGUCAACGUCGAGGUUAGGAGCGUCAGAGAAGAGACUGAUGAGUCGGAGAGUUUCGUUUUUAGGGACUUCGUUCUGACUGACAAAGAGACGGAUCAGUCUCGCGAGAUAAGACACAUGCAAUAUUUGGCCUGGCCAGACCACGGAGUACCCGACUCGCCGCGCCUCUUCUUGCUGUUUACGGAACGGGUGCGCAAAGCGCGGUCACGCCCAGACGCGCCCGUCGUCGUCCAUUGCAGUGCGGGGAUCGGUAGGACGGGCGUGCUGGUGCUCAUGGAGACUGCGCUGUGCCUAAUGGAGGCGGGGCAACCGGUGUAUCCGUUGGAGAUUGUGCGCACGAUGCGGGAGCAGCGGUCCAUGAUGAUACAAAAUGCUAGUCAAUAUCGAUUUGUCUGUGAAAGCGUCCACGCAGCAUACUGCGAAAAAAAAGUAAUGUAG